AUGGCGUACAACUCGAGGACGACGCAGUACCGGGGCGGGCAGCAGCAGCACCGCCAGCAAAAGAAGGAGAACGAGACAGACGCCUUCUUGCGCCUGCCGGAUAAGGUCAUUGCGGGAUGUAUCAAUGAUAUCGGCAUUCCCUUCACUAUGGCGGACUUGCUCAAACCCAACCCGCAGCAGGUCCAGAUGGUGUUUGAGUGGUUCGCAGAGCUGUUCAUGAACACGACACGAGAGACCGUGGAGCCGGCCAUGCUCGCAGCAGCAGAAGACAUUGCAGGAGACCAGGCAGACAUCUUUCCGCCAGAUACGCGCAAUCUAAUGGGCUUCCUCGUCUCGUUGCGAAAACUGAUGCUCCAGUGCGGAGUUCAUGACUUUACGUUUACCGACAUCACCAGGCCGACGUACGACCGGAUCGCGAAGAUAUUCUCCUAUCUGAUAAACUUUGUCCGGUUUCGAGAGUCGCAGACUUCGGCGAUCGAUUCGCACUUCAACAAAUCAGAGGACACCAAGAUGCGCAUUGAAGCGCUUUACGCCGAAAACCAAGAGUUGGAGCAGCGGCUGGAAGAUAUGAAGAGACAGCAGAAGGAAAUGGACGGGGUGGUGCGGGAAAAGACGAGCCGGAACGACGAGCUGAAGACCCGGCUGCUGGAGUUGAGGCGGAAUCAGGAACGGGUGGCAGAGUCGUUUGAGAGAGUAAAAGGCGAAAAGGCAAAGAAGCAGACGCUGCUAGAAGAAAAGACAGAAAAGCUGCUGAAGAGUCGCCAGGAGUGCGAAAAGCUACGGCCCUAUGUCUCCCAGAGCCCCGAAAGCCUACAGUCAGCCCUCACGGAACUGUCCGACAAUCUCGCUCAUGAUAAAAACCAAGUAGACGGCAUGGAGAGGAGAAUGCGUGCCCUGCAGACAUCGAUGAACACCUUUACCGUUGUCAAUAAUGAAGUCCAGAGCUCCAUCAAGUUGCUAGAAGAUAUAUUGGUAGAGCUACAAAAAGAGGACGACCAGGAAUCCAAGGGCAUCAAGAACAGGGAGGCCCUCGCCGAGAGAGGGAACACUGUCAGAGAGGUCGCGCACACCGAGAAGCUGCUCCAGUCGCAGCUGGCGCGCUGGCAGGAACGCAUAGAGGCCCUGCGGAAGAGCAGCAGGGAGAAGGCUGAGCAGGCGCAGGCUCGCAUGGAAGAGCUGCACUCGGUGCAGAAGCAGCUGCGCGAAGAACGGGCAGAGAAGCAGCGUGAGAUGGAGCGUAGGCGCAUCCGCAUUGAACAGACCGAGAAGAAGAUGGCGGAUUUGAAAGAGACGAUCGAAGAUGAGAUUCAUCGUGCGCAUGAUGAAUACCUGAAGAUGGAGUCUCAUAUCAAGCUCUACACAACCGAGAUAGAGAAGUGUCUCUAG